CGGCAAAUCUCGCAUCAGCAGAACUUGCGGCAGAGAUUUGACAGAGUAUAUGACAGCGAGUACCUCGCGACUUUGGGGCUGGUACAUAAUUUGAAAUAAGGUGUUUCUCUUCAAAGGCGAGCUUUGCUCAGGUUUCUGUUUACAAAGGGAGGAAAACAGCAAAACGAUGUGUCAUAUUUCCAAGGCUUAUGGUAUUGGCUCUUCAUACCAGCAGUGACAACGAAUUCAAGCAAGAGCUGCACCAGGACAUACGCUGCUUUCUUCCCUGAGCCCACGUUCACUCAGCUGCCUAAAACAAGAGCAUUUUAGCCCUUCUCUGCACCAUCAAGGUCGAAAGGGAAUAUUGGAAUCACUGUCUUGACAUAUCUAAAAGCUGCGCAUUGCCACUGGUGUCCUAGAGUUUGUGGCGGUCAGGCACUGCACCCCUUCAGUUUGGAUCAACCAUAAUACCGCAUUGCUUCAGUCUUCUUACAGCAAGCGUUUCCUGAAAAUUUAGAUUUUACUAGCAUUGCAGAAGCACGCAGGCAUGUCUGACCACAAACGCCGCUGGAAUAAAGAGGAUGAUCUGCCGGUCUACCUGGCCAGACCCGGCACCACGGCGCAGACCCCGCGGCAGAAGUCCUACGGGAUGUUUUCCUCCGUGGAAGGGGCUUACGAGAACAAGACCAUAGAUUUCGACUCUUACAGCGUAGGUAAAAAGGGAAGCCGAACCCCGAGAAGUGGAAGCCGGGAAAACCUCGUAGACGGAGAUUAUUUCAGUGGAUCGGCAAGCGAUGCGAGCGAGCGUUGCGGUUCCUUUGUAAGUUCCCCCAGUGACAAAGAUGACAGGACCCCGGGAGUGGAGAUAAAAUACCCAUCUGGGAAAGAGUUCCUUCAAGGAGAGCAAAAUGGAAAGAGUGACCGGCUGCUCAUCAAAGGAGGAAGGGUCAUCAACGAUGACCAGUCCUUCUUCGCAGAUAUCUACCUGGAAGAUGGGGUGAUAAAACAGCUGGGGGAGAACUUGAUUGUUCCUGGGGGUGUGAAGAUCAUCGAAGCUAACGGGCGCAUGGUGAUUCCCGGGGGCAUCGAUGUGAACACCUGUCUGCAGAGGCCCUACCUGGGCACCCCCACUGUGGAUGACUUCCUGCAGGGAACCAAGGCCGCAUUGGCAGGAGGCACCACCAUGAUCAUUGAUCAUGUGACCCCUCAGCCUGGCGCAAGCCUCCUGCAGGCCUUCGAGAAGUGGCAGGAAGCAGCGGACAAGAAGUCGUGCUGCGACUACUCUCUCCAUGUGGACAUCCCACACUGGCACGAGGGGGUGAAGGAAGAGCUUGAGGUGCUCGUGCAGGAGAAAGGAAUCAACUCCUUUCAGGUGUACAUGGCCUACAAAGACACCUAUCAGAUGACUGACACUCAGCUCUACGAGGCCUUCUCCUUCCUGAAGGAGCUGGGGGCUGUGGUCCUGGUGCACGCAGAGAACGGAGACCUCAUCGCGCAGGAGCAGAAUAAGAUCCUCAGUAUGGGAAUCACUGGACCAGAGGGCCAUGCGCUGAGCCGGCCAGAGGAGCUUGAAUCAGAAGCUGUGUUCCGGGCCGUCACUCUGGGCAACCGGGUCAACUGCCCCAUUUACAUCACUAAGGUGAUGAGCAAGAGUGCUGCAGACAUCGUGGCCCUGUCCAGGAAGAAAGGAUCUGUAGUGUUUGGGGAGCCAAUCACGGCCAGCCUGGCCGCCGACGGCACAAACUACUGGAACAAGAACUGGGCCAAGGCAGCAGCCUUUGUGACAUCACCUCCCCUGAGCCCUGACCCCACCACGCCGGACCACCUCAACUCAAUGCUGGCCUGUGGGGACCUGCAGGUGGUGGGCAGUGCACACUGUGCAUAUAGCACCUCCCAGAAGGCCAUAGGGAAGGACAACUUCACCCUCAUCCCAGAGGGCACCAACGGAGUGGAGGAGAGGAUGGCCUUCGUAUGGGACAAGGCUGUGGCUGUGGGAAAGAUGGAUGAGAACCAGUUUGUGGCUGUGACCAGCACCAACGCUGCCAAAAUCUUUAACCUGUACCCCAGGAAGGGGCGGAUAGCGGUGGGCUCCGACGCCGACAUCGUCAUCUGGGACCCCGAUAAGAUCAAGACCAUCACUGCUAAGACGCAGCAAUCGGGGGUGGAGUAUAACAUCUUCGAGGGGAUGGAGUGCCGAGGGGGCCCCCUGGUGGUGAUCAGCCAGGGCAAGAUCGUCUAUGAGGAUGGCAACCUGCAUGUGCAGCAGGGCACCGGCCGUUUCAUCCCGCGCAAGCCCUUCGCCGACUACAUCUACCAGCGUAUCAAGAUGAGGAGCAAGAUGACAAACCUGCGCGGCGUGUCCAGGGGGAUGUACGACGGCCCGGUGUACGACGUUGCCGCCACCCCGAAAUACGUCACCCCCGCGCCGUCCACCAAGACCUCUCCCGCUAAGAACCAGCCUCCGCCUAUCAGGAACCUCCACCAGUCCAACUUCAGCCUAUCAGGGCCGGACUCACAGCAGUUGGAGGGUUACACAAAUACAAGCAAACAUUACAAGCACACACCAGCUAUAGGUGCCCAGGUCGACGACAACGUCCCCCGGCGCUCCGGCCACCGCAUCGUGGCGCCCCCCGGUGGCCGCUCCAACAUCACCAGCCUCGGUUGAGGUCUUUGCUCGCGUGGAUUGAGUUUGUGAGCGAUGGAUCAGUGGGGGAGAGAGUGGCCCGGCUCCUUUCUGUCUCCAUGUUUCUCCACGAACAGCCUCCCCCACCCCACCCCCCCACCC